UAGCAGGUGACUUUCUCUGCAGGAACCAAAGCAAGUGUGGAGACAAACAAAAGAGACAUCCCUUUCGCACUGCCAGCUGCAUGCGGACUUGAUCAUGGACAUUCACGACUCCGUGUUAAUAAACUUUGUCAGUGACAUCAACCUGAUCGGGUUCACCCAGAAGUGCGCUUUAGGAUCAGAGGAGGUGGACAUCUCGCCGUACUGUCCGAACAACCAGACGCGGCUGAGCGGCUCUUCCUGCAGCAGUUCUCCGCCUGGCGAAGGGCGCACGGAGCUUACGGCGAGCUUUUCACCGAGGUGCUGCAGCCGCGGGCACAGCAGGUCCAAACGGAGGAGGAUCAUCACCGGAGUCCAGCGGCAGGCGGCCAACGUGCGGGAGAGAAAGCGGAUGUUCAGCCUGAACGAGGCGUUUGAUGAGCUGAGGAGAAAAGUUCCCACCUUUGCGUACGAGAAGAGGCUGUCUCGGAUCGAAACGCUGCGUCUGGCCAUUGUCUACAUCUCCUUCAUGAUGGACCUGCUGGAGAACACCUGAGACAGAGUUAUGUGUUUCCCCCCCUCCGUAUAGACUAAAAAUAAGUUGCUUCUGGAAAAAAAAGGAAUAAACAGCUGCACAGUUAA